GUGAUAAACACAUUAAUACAAUGGGAACUAAAAUGAUACAUUUUAUUAGUAUUAUAAAUAUUGAUCUGCUGGAUUUAAUAACUUGGGUUACUGACAACUAAGUUUUGUCAAACCACUUUGAGUAAGAGUUGAAAUCAAAUCUGAAAUGGAAUAAUGUGCAUGAAAGGUGAUCUAUGGGUACACGAUAAGAAACGAUUGUUCAUUUCACUUGUACAACCAUAUGCAAAUAAUGGAUUAAGAUUAAACGACCGUAAGUGCUGAAUUUAAAUCCCAGUGUAUGAACAGGGAAAGACGUGAUAUGAACGCUAUACUUUCUCUUAUAACUCAGUAAAGAAUUGUUUAACACUAUGUGAUAGUUACGUGAGGGUAUAAUUAUUCACCAUCCAUAAACAUGGAAAGAAGGAUCAGGAAAAUAUCAAUUCCAUUUAGACUUGGAUUUAAUACUAUUUUGGUAUUUUUGUGCCAAGGAAACUAAUGUUGGGAUUUUUUCAAUAAAUUAUUCAUAUUUCAAUUGUAUAUUUUAUUUCUAUCAAUAUAUACUUUUAAGGUAGAUGAAACCUUACUAAAAAGAUUCAUGGAUGAAUGAAAGAAAACAUGCUUAAAUUGGAAUUUGAAGCAGAUAAAUUGAUGAAUAUGAUCUUCAAAUUAUAUAGAUGGAAAAUUUGUGAAAAUUGUGUGAAGUUCAAACAAAUUGUGGAUUAAAUCCAUUCUAGCAGUGGAGGAAACAAAAUUGUCAGAGUAUUUUUUGGAAGAAUGUUCCACAUAGAUUGUCCACGUUUCCGUGGAUUUAUGUCAUGGGAUGAAUUAGGAUGUCUUGCAAGAGCUGUUGGGUUUCCAACAGAUUUAUUUAAGACUAACUUAACAAAGCAUGUUACAGCAGAGGAUCAUGGAAUGAAUGUAGAGCAAGUUCACAAAAUGUUAGACCUGAGAUUGCUACAGAAAUCCAUUCACAGAACAAGAAACCUCCACACAGGAGAGUGGAAUACCAAAGUUAUUAGGAAAGCUUUGUUUCUUAUGGACCACCAUGCUCUUACGUUUGAAGAGAUAUAUAAUAUGAGAAUAGCAUAUAAAGCAUUUGAAGGGGAAGAUAUGAGAGGUAUGCCUUUGGAAGAACGUAUGAUGCUGGGAGCUCUUAAGAUGUGUGGGAGAAGUAUUGCACCGCUAAAGAUGAUGCACCGGAUCAAACAUAUGUCAGUACAUUUUGAGGAGCCAGAUCGGAUGCAGUUGUUUGAAUUUCUAGAUCUUGUGUUAUGGGCUGAUUUGUAUGAUGAAUUCACAUUUGACAGCAUGGAAAAAGCUGAGGGAAAAGAAGGAGAUCUGUUUAAGUUGGUAGAUUUUGAGCGUCUAUUAUCCCAUCAUGAUAAGAAGUUAGAAGACAGACUUAACAAUGAGUACCUUGCUGAAGAAUGGGACUUUGGACAGGAAAAGCUGGAUGUGUCAAAGUUCAGAGAACCUCCAGUCGUCUGUGGAGACUCAAGAAUUCAGCUGGAAAGAAACAUUUCUGAUGAACUAUUUGAAAUGUUUGAUUCUGGGGCCAGGGAUCAGAAAUUGAAAUACAGAUAUUUAAAAUCAGAACUGAUCAAUUCACAUCGGAAACUGUAUCGAGCUAAAGCGGGCUAUAUAAGAGAUCGUCCUGUGACUGCACCAGACCUGUCAAUGUAUGAAGAGGAGGAAGCCCCUCCCCCUACACCAGAGUUCACAGCUCAGACAGCUUAUGAAAUUGUUAAUCGUAAAGUCAAAAGUGCAAAUGCAGCAAUAGGAAGAACAAGACCAGACUUGUCAGAUAAGCCUCAAAUUCCCUCUCCACAAAAAGUUUGGACUGCCAAAGCUGUCAGUGAGGCUGAAUUAGAGGAAACACAGAAAAACUACGACAAACUCAAAUUUGAUAUGGAAACUGUGCAAGGAAGAUAUGAAUAUCAUAAAGAAAAAGAGAUAGAAUAUUUCUUCCCAGGCCAACUAGAAAGACUUACUAAACAACAAGAAGAAAAGGAAGAAGUGGAAGUAACAGAGAUGAAGAAAGUAUCUAGUCAGUCAUCAAAGCCAAAGAUUACACAAAAGGAGGUGAAUCGGUUAGCAUACCCGACAAACAGAAUUCCUCCAACACAUGCUAAACUAUGUGAUGCAAGGUUGAAACAGAAACUUUUAAAAUUAGCAGAGAGAUUCAGAGGUUGGCAUAAUAUCAAACAUAAAAAAGGAAGCCAUUUUGUUUUGGUUGCACCAUCUUUUGAAAACUCCUAUCAAGGAAGAUUGCAUAAAAAACUUGCAGAAAGAACAAAUGCACCAGUAAAAAAGGUCAAAGGAGACUUUGUACAUCGCUUUACAAAGAAGGAAGAAGUUCGGAAACCUAUUUAUCAAGACAUGCGCCCAUUCACAGCACCAGGAAAUCUUCAGCCAAGUGGAACUGACGCUGAAGCUGUUACUAAUAUGAUAACAGAGAGUCCUGCAGAUUCUUGUAAAACUGUGGAUACUGGAUAUGGAAGUAUGGAGGACAAACUUGGCAGUGGGUCUUCUGCCGAAAGUUUAACAAAGUCACCAGAUCUCAAUACAGUUAAGUCUUUGAAUGACAAGUCUCAAAUCUUUCAGCAGAAAAUGAGUUGUCCUAAACCUUUUGAGUCUCAAAAUGUUUUAGAGAAAAACUCUAAAAAGGACGGAAAAUUAAUAAAUGUUUGUGAAGAGUCCCCUGAAACGGCCAGAGAAAGGAGUAUGUCAGUAUAUUCAGAUAAGGAAAUGUUUUCAGGAGAAAGGUCGUUAAAUGGCACGUCAAUUUUACAGCAGAGUUCUCAUCAAAAUUGUAAUGAGAGUCAUAGAAAUAGAUCUAGUCUUAAACACAAUCAAACUGCGAAUAUCUAUAGACAUAACAAAUGUAUUCAGAACCUAACAGGUGAAAAUACAUCUGUGUCUUUUAAAACUGAAAAUAACAAAACUAUGUGUGACAAAUCUGCUCAGGAAACAGGUUUGAAUGAUAAAGUUGACAAUUUUAAAAAAAAAUUGAGCAAAAGUAAAUUAGAGAAAAGGCUGACACAUUCUCAGAGCCAAGUUGUUAAAUCCCCACCUGCUUUAGAAUUUACAUUUACGUCAGUAUUGAAUAAAUCAGACGAACAAGACUUUGAUUCUGUUGAACAAGACUUAAAUUGUGUUGAAGAAAAAACUAAUAAAAGUGCUUGGUUUGAAGAUGAUAUACCUAGUCCAGGUGUAAUGAUUCCUAGGAAUCCUGAGAUAUACAUAAAACCCAAAAAGGAAAUUAUUGACAUUGAAAAUUUACCUGUUCCUCAUUUAGAACAUAGCAAACCGAAAACUAUCGCAGUUGGUGCAAUCGGAAAAAUUUCUCUGCUUGAAAGUAUAACAGAGUCUCGAUUCUGGGAAGAUGCUGUGGAAGAAUCUUACAGAACAAGGAAAAGUGAUGAUGUAUUUGUGAAUGAUGAUUUGAAUGUUAAUCUGAAGGAAACAGAAUUGGCUGACCUAAAAGAGGAGGACUUCGAUGAUGAUGUUUCAAAUGAUAGUGGAGUUGCUGGAUUCAGUAAAAAUUGUAAACCUAAAAAUUUGGCCAAAAAGAAAAGCAAAAAUGAAAAUGUGGAUGAUAAACUUCAAAAAGCAAAAAUUGAAAGAUUAAAGCGACAAAAACGAGUUUUAAAAGGAUCAAGUUUUGAGAAAAUGGGAAUAACGGUUAGGAGUAGUAGAUCAAGCCAAACUAGUACAUCGUCUGAAAACUCUAGCAAAGAACUGGAUUCCAAAAGUAAAGAUCAAAUAUUACAUAAAAAAACUUCUUUCGAUUUAAAAACAAACAAUAAGAAUGACAAAAUUAAUGAACAGAAAAAUGUUACCGUAGAGAUUUCAAAGUGUGAAAAACAAAACAAAAACAAUAAGAUUGAGGAGAAACAGAGGAAAUUUAGUGCUAGUAUGAAAAGACUUGUUAAACGAAUGGAUGAAUCUUUGUCAAAUGAUUUAAGAAGUAAAAUGUUGUCUACCCACCUUUCAUAACAAAUGAUAAAUCUUUGUUGUUGCUUUUUAUGUUGACUGCAUGAUAGUGAAAAUUGUUGUGUUUUUUUAUUUGACAGCUGAACAAUGUUUUGAUUGGUUUUUAGUCAAAUUCAUUCGGAUUUCUGAGAACAGUAUUUUUUCUAUCAGGAUUGUUAAUUUUCAUGUAAAAUACCAUCUAGUAUGUAGAAGGUUUAAGGAGAGUUCGAGUGGGCAAGAUUGUAUACAAUUUAAGGAGAGUUCGAGUGGGCAAGAUUGUAUACAAUUUAAGGAGAGUUUGAGUGAGCAAGAUUGUAUACAAUUUAAGGAGAGUUGGAGUGGGCAAGAUUGUAUUCAAUUUAAGGAGAGUUCGAGUGGGCAAGAUUGUAUACAAUUUAAGGAGAGUUCGAGUGGGCAAGAUUGUAUUCAAUUUAAGGAGAGUUCGAGUGGGCAAGAUUGUAUUCAAUUUAAGGAGAGUUCGAGUGGGCAAGAUUGUAUUCAAUUUAAGGAGAGUUUGAGUGGGCUAGAUUGUAUUCAAUUUAAGGAGAGUUCGAGUGGGCAAGAUUGUAUACAAUUUAAGGAGAGUUCGAGUGGGCAAGAUUGUAUUCAAUUUAAGGAGAGUUUGAGUGGGCAAGAUUGUAUUCAAUUUAAGGAGAGUUUGAGUGGGCAAGAUUGUAUUCAAUUUAAGGAGAGUUUGAGUGGGCAAGAUUGUAUUCAAUUUAAGGAGAGUUCGAGUGGGCAAGAUUGUAUUCAAUUGUUUUCAAACAAAGAGGCAGAAGAUGCCUUGGGGACUGAAAAUUCAUGAGUGGUAUAAAACUGACAACUUUUAUUUUAGAUAAUGAAAGCUCUAUGUACUUUUUCUUUUAACUUUAUCAACUUUUUAGCUUUGUAAGGUUUAGUUUGCUUCUUUAUUCAGAUAAGUAUGCUUUUUUGAAGACAUUUCAUUUACAAUAAGCCUAUAUGAAUAAGAAUAUAUGUGAAGGAGGUUUUCAAUGUUUACAUUUUUAGUUUUGAUUUUCAGUGAAAUAGCUAGGAGCUUGAAAUAAAAAUAAAAAUAAUAUAAGGGAAGGCCUGUCUGAAUAAGGGUAAAUGGAUCUUAAAUCAUAUUUUAUGAGACUUAUUAAGGCAUUUAUAUGUAUGAAUUUAUUGACCAAUAACGUUACGGUAAAAAUAAAGGUCAUUGAAUUAUUUUUUAAACAAACUUUGUAGAUUCAUUCAGAUAUACAUACCAAAGAUUGGUACGUGUUUUCACUGGUCUAAGAGGAGUCAACUUUUUUUUUAAAAUAUAUUCAUUGUAAAUACUUAUGUACUAUUUAUUGCAUCAUUGGUGCUAUUUUUUGUUUUCAAAUGAAAUAAAUUUGUAGAAACUGAA